GGUCUGUCUUCGGUCGAAUCUGUUUGGGCAGUCAAACCAGUGUUGUGACUGUGAAAGUUUGUGUGGUUGUGCUUAUCGUUUCAAAGCAUGAAGGUGGUUUGGAUUGUUUUAGGCAUAUUUUUGAUGCUUUGUGAGAUGACAUUUGGUCUUUAUUUUCACAUUGGUGAAACUGAGCGCAAGUGUUUUAUUGAAGAAAUACCGGACGAAACCACAGUUAUAGUUAACUACAAGGUUGAAUUAUAUGAUCCCAAAAGUGGAGGUUUUAUGCCAUCGAGUCCAGGAAUUGGGAUGCAUGUUGAAGCAAGAGAUCCUGAUGAUAAAGUCUUAUUAUCAAGAGUGUAUAGCUCCGAGGGUAGAAUUUCAUUCACAUCGCAGACCCCGGGCGAGCAUGUGAUAUGCCUGUAUUCCAACAGCACUAGCUGGUUCAGUGGAUCACAACUAAGGGUGCACCUAGACAUACAGGUUGGAGAACAUGCUGUGGACUACGCCAAUGUUGCACAAAAGGAAAAGCUUUCUGAGAUUCAGCUCAGAGUUCGUCAACUUCUUGAUCAAGUUGAGCAGAUAGCAAAAGAACAGAAUUACCAAAGGUUUCGUGAAGAGAGAUUCCGCCAAACAAGUGAGAGCACCAGUCAGCGAGUUCUUUGGUGGUCGAUCACACAGACAGUCAUUUUGCUCGCAAUGGGGGCUUGGCAAAUGCGCCAUUUGAAGAGUUUCUUUGAAGCCAAGAAACUUGUAUAAAUCUGUGCUGGUUGCAAGUGACACCUUAGUUGUGCAUGGCCAGAAGUGUAAAUAACAUUUGAACAUUUUGCAGAGUGAACACAAUGUUAUUUUCAUAUGGUGUAAAAUUUACAUGAGUAUUUAUUUGCUGUUGAUAUAAAUUUGGAUUAAAAAAUAAAAAUCUUAAAUUUGUUUACAGUUAAUUUUCAGAAGGUAACUUAUAAUGUAAGACAUCUAAAUACUCGUUGCCUCUCCUCCUACUUUCUCACCCUUCCCCCGUCUCCUUUCUUCUGUCCCUCCCUCUUUCACAGUCUCUCUUCGUGCGUUCUUUUUAUUUUGAUAUUGUUUGCAUUAAAAAAAUUAAAAGAUCUUUUGUUGUUAACCAUGUCUGUGUGUGUAAUAUGUGGACUUCAUUGUUAAUGUAAAAUAACUGAGUGAUUGUGACAAUUUUUAUAUUGAAGAUAAAUUUGUUUUGUCUUUCUGAGUGGAAAAAUGGCUAUAAGGUUAUUGUGCAGUUGCGAAUCAGAACAAAGACUGUAAAGAGCUUGUUUAAAUAAAGAAGCUUUAUUAAAAUAAA